AUGGACGAACACUCUAAAGACUCGGAGAAUAUAUCUUUCUCAACAGCUUUUGGACCGAGGAUUUCACGUAUGCCUGCUACAGAACUGGUCAACGAUGAACCUGAAAGUCUUCCCAUUGGGGAAACUCCUGAACAUCUGUCUGGGCGCUUUAUGGUAAUAAAAGGUAUAAUAUUUGCUAAUGCGUCUACUGAACACUUGCUUGGUUCACUUUAUGCCAAUCUCCAUCGAAUGGGGAUUACAAAUACAGUUGUUUCCAAUUACAAUAUCAAUACAAAGCUAUCUAGGGUUUUCCAUAUAAACUCAAAGGAUAUGGUGUUGGUGAAUGCGCCUUCAACUAGAACUGGACUAAUAUCAGAAUUUGGAUCGAUCAAAAUGUCCAUUAACGAAGAAGCUGACAUACAACGCUUUGGUGUUUUGCAAAAGAUAGUAGAAGGCGUUCACAUGUCUGAUUAUGUUGACCAGCUUAAAGAUGAUAUUGCUUCUCUUUAUGGGUACAAUAGGUUUCUUAUUAGAACUUUGGCGGCAACGUUUAGUCUUGCAGAACUCGUUAAACUAAUAAAGGCGUUUGAAAAGCUGAGGUCUACAUAUAUACGAAGAAUACUUUAA